AUGGAUAAAUGGGUCUUCUCCAUUUCUGUAGGGUGGGAUGUGAACAUUGAAACCUGCUCAUCACUUCACUGCCCUGUGUAUCAGCAAGAAUUGCAGCCUGCUGAAUUGAGGAAAUGGAAAAAAGCUGGGGGGAUCCUUGGUGGGCCCAGCCCGGGCCCAGUACACACCUUCAACCGCUGGAAGAAGAACUACGCCAAGCGCAUGGAGCGGCUGAGCUUGAAAGGACCUGGCCUGGCUGACCUUGAAAGAUCCAGAAUAUAUCUGGGUACACAAGAAGGCCAAGUUCAGUACUCCAGCAACUUUGGAACAGAACUAUGUUGUUUGUGA